AAAAAAUUUUGCAGUAUCUUAAACACGAAUUGAAAAAUUGCGAUAAGAAAAGAAAUGGGGAAAAACUCAGGCGAAAUGGUUGCCUUGGCUGCAUUUCUCAUCACUUUCUUUGCAUCCCUGCCAAGAUCCGGGUACUGUCAGAAUGCUUGUAUUAACCAAGCUAGUUCUACCACCACUUACGUUCCAAAUCCAACAUCAUGUGCGGCGUGGAUUGCCUGUAGCCUCGGCGAAGUUGUGGAAACAGGAAUAUGUAAUUCAGGAUAUAUGUUCAACCCUUCUUCAGCAUCCUGCGAGCCAGCUAGAAACGUCAACUGCCCAUCCUCUCCCGUUAUGAAUAUUUGUCAAAAUCAACCAGACGACUCCUAUGUCGCAGACCCAAACAACUGUCAUGGAUACUUCCACUGUGCAAACUCCGUUGGAAGUGCUGGUCUCUGCAGUAGUGGGUACUACUUCAAUUCUACCUUAGAAGUUUGCGUCAAUGAUCCUAGCUAUGAGUGCGAAAGUAAUACACCUGACGUGAUUUGCUCCGAUGUACCAAACGGAACCUUUUUGCCAGACAAAACAAGCUGUUCUGGAUAUUACCACUGCGAUAAUGGUCAAUAUAUUGCUGGAUCCUGCGGCAACACGCUUUACUUCAACCCCGCGACUGGCGCUUGUGAUUACCCAUCGAAUGUGCAAUAUUCGACUUCAAGUACUAAUGGUAGCGAGGGUAGUUCAACAACUGCAAUAUCUGUUCCAUAUAACUACACCGGUAUUUGCGGAACAACGACAGAUGAUAGCCGCUUUGCCUUGGACCCAGCAAACUGCACAGGAUACUUUUACUGCAAAUCACCCAAUGAUAAAGCUCCAACUCAUGGAUACUGUCCAAUUGGUCUUGCAUUCAAUUCUACUAGUCAGGAGUGCGCAUCGGCCUCAAAUGUCACCUGCACGAUUGAGCCAUGUGUGAACAGGCCUGUUGGAUACUUCGCUGCAGAUGAUACGAGUUGCUCAUCGUUUUACUACUGUUCAGCUUCUGGUAAGAAAGCUGGAAAGUGCCCGCCAGGAUAUAAUUUUGAUGUAAAAAAUCAGAAUUGUAAUUUACCUUCAGUAGUUCCCUGCAGAGUUAGAAAUGCUCCUGAUAAUAACGUAAAUGCUUAGUAAUCAAAUUCAUCCUGUUCCUCAGAUCUGUUCUAUACCCUCAUGCAGUUCUUCUCCAGCCCCUUUUCCUCUCCUUUCCUCUUAUUUUAUUUGCUUCUGCACCUUCUUCCUCAUCGCAAUUUAUAUGAUAUAUAAAUGAGGUCUUUUUAAGUCCCCGAAUAGGGAGCUGUGAUAUCCUUAAUUAUAAAUCGGGUGA